AUGCUUCAUAUCCUCCCCCCACCCAUUUCCCAUCUAGCAGCGCAGACCCCUUCCCCUCCCCCCCUCCAGCAACCUACCGCGCAACGACCAUUUAACUAUGCUACUGUUCCUGCUUCGGCACCAGCCCACAAAACCACCUUCGACCACGCCUCAAUCCACAACCGGCAACCCUCGUACAAUGGCCCGACGAGCUCUUUCGACGAAACUGACGAGAAGGUCACAUCCCCACGCCUGCAAAAACUUACCAAGGAUAUGGCAGGUGUCAUGAAAGCCCCUGAGGGUCCUUCGCUGGUUGGAGUGCCUCAAGGAGGCCAAUUCGUGGGGGUUCAAGCUACAACGCAGGACGAUGUGGGGACAUUCAACGGUGGCUCAUACCGCAUUUCGCAUCGAGACUCGAAUUCAAUAUUGACAAUACAGUUGGCCAUGGGGUGUCCUAUUACGGCAAAACCCGGAGUGAUGAUCGCAAUGAGCCCUUCAGUCAUGUUAAAAGGCAACGUUAAAUUCAGCAUGAAGAAGUUAUUGAUUGGUGGAGAAAUGGCACAUUCAACAUUCACGGGUCCCGGGGAGGUGUUGCUUGCGCCGAACACAUUGGGCGAUAUCUCGAUCCUUCGACUUGCAGGGAAUGAAACGUGGAGCCUUGGGCGCGACUCGUUCCUCGCCUGUACUCAAGGCGUGUUGAAAGAGUACAAGAGUCAGUCAAUCAGUAAAGCCAUGUUCUCCGGCGAGGGUCUAUUCGUCUAUAAGAUGUCGGGCAUUGGCAUACUGUGGAUGUCCACUUUUGGAGCGAUCUUGAGGAAAGAUCUCGUGGAUGGCGAAAAAUACAUUAUCGACAACGGCCAUCUUGUCGCCUGGAACUGCAAGUAUGUCCUCGAACGCGUCGCCUCCGGAGGUAUCAUUUCCGGAAUCAGCUCGGGCGAAGGUUUAGUAUGUAAGUUCACGGGGCCUGGCACGGUCUUCAUGCAGACACGAAACGCCGCCGCCUUUUCGGCAUUUAUCAGUGGGAAUGCACAUCGGGAGGUAUGA